UAAACCUGAAAGUGUUAUGGUAGCACACUGGCUCUCUGUGUCUGACUGAUCAUUCUCCUGGGAUCCCAUGCUGUGACUGCUCUACCACAGUUGAUGACUGCUAACAUCAAGACCAUCUGAAAACAACUGUUGAUUACUGCAAAGCCUCCAGGCAACUGUUAGAACAACAUAUUAAUUUACUCCUAACGACAAGGUCAUGGAGAUUCAUCAGUCUGCUGUGAUUCUGCUGCUGGUCUUUGCUACUGCUUUCACCGCUUAUGGUCAACCAGAUGAUAUAAAGCCCCGUUAUCAAAAAUUCCUUAAUCAACAUUUCGGUCCUAGUGUGAGUGAGCAUGAUUGUGACAAAGAAAUCAGAAAGAGAGGCAUCACUGCCUCUGGAACUGCAAAUGGCUGCAAAGACGUCAAUACCUUCAUACAAGCGAAUAAGAAUAAUAUUAAAGUAGUUUGUGGAAGAAAUGGAGGAACUCCACAGGGCGGAAAUCUGUUUAAGAGCAACCAGCCUUUUCCUGUGGUCACAUGCAAAUUACAAAGUGGGCAGAGACACCCAAAUUGCCAAUAUAGAGGGAAGAAGUCCACUCGUUAUAUUGUUUUGGGGUGUGAUCGAGAAUGGCCUGUACAUUAUGAGGAAGGCAUAAUUAAUUAAUGUGUAGAUGAUAAGCUGAAUAGAGACUCGCAUUCAUUAAGCAUAACGUAAAAAGUACAUUUAUAUUUUGACUUUAAUUUAACUUUAAUGGCAUAUUCUUCAGAAUUUUUCUCAUCAUGUGCAUGAUUCAGCUUGUCUAGUAAAAUGUUAAGCACUCUGGUAACACUU